UUUCCAAAAUUUUUUAGAGAAACCGGUUGUUACUGGAGAGAGAAGGGAUUAAAUUGUGAUUUGAGAGACAUAUUACAAAUAAAUCCUGGUAAUAAAUGCUGUUGUCUUACAUUUCAUAGACUAUAAAUAGAAUCCCGAUUCACACUCCUUUCCAGUCGGUGACGCUAACACUCCACAACGAUUUAUCAACCGGCAGCCGCCAUAAAAUUCAAAGAAGAAGAAGAAGGUCGUGUACACGGAACUGUAUUGUGGUAGUGUACGUGCCGCGGUGAAGUAGAUGUGUUUUUAAUAUUUUGUCAUCAAAGAUGCUCCUGUCAUCCUUGCGGUCUUUAGUUGUGAGUGGCUGUAGAACAUCUGGGAAAGGUUUGCAGUUCAGUAAUAUACAGAGACCUGCGCUAAGGCAGUGGGUAGCGAGGAGGGGACAGACUACCGUCGUAGCAGAGGCCGGGUCCACAUCGUCGUCGGCCGCCGCCUCCGUGCCCAACGCGGCAACCAAUCGCAUCGUCGGACGAUGGCUGCUGGGCUGCAGUGGACUGGUGGUGGGGGCAGUCGUUCUGGGAGGUGUAACCAGGCUGACGGAGUCUGGUCUCUCCAUGGUGGACUGGCACUUGGUCAAGGAGAUGAAGCCUCCUCAAACGCAAGCAGAGUGGGAGGCGGAGUUCCGGAAGUACCAGCAGUUCCCUGAAUUUAAAAUAAUGAACCACAGCAUGACCCUGACGGAGUUCAAGUUCAUCUUCUACAUGGAGUGGGGCCACCGCAUGUGGGGUCGGCUGGUGGGCCUGGCGUACAUCCUGCCCACCGUCUACUUCUGGAGGAAGGGCUACUUCACCCGCCCCAUGAAGGGCUGCGUCCUGGGCCUCUGCGGCUUUGUCUGCUUCCAGGGCCUGCUCGGGUGGUACAUGGUGAAGAGCGGCCUGGAGGAGAAGCCGGACUCGUACGACGUCCCGCGGGUCAGCCAGUACCGCCUGGCGGCCCACCUUGGCUCCGCCCUGGCGCUGUACUGCGCCAGCCUGUGGACCGGGCUUUCCCUCUUACUGCCCGCCAACAAGUUGCCGAACACUCAUCAGCUCAUGCGGCUCCGGAGGCUAGCCCAGGGAACAGGAGGCCUUGUGUUCCUCACAGCGCUCUCAGGGGCGUUCGUAGCAGGGCUGGAUGCUGGCCUGGUCUACAACUCCUUCCCCAAAAUGGGCGAGCGCUGGCUGCCGGACGACCUCCUGGCCUUCUCCCCCACCCUCAAGAACUUCUUUGAGAACCCCACCACAGUGCAGUUUGACCACCGCAUUCUGGGCAUCAGCACUGUGUCGGCCAUCACAGGCCUCUACCUGUUCUCCAGGAGGAUGCGCCUGCCCAGGAGAGCCAAAAUCGCCAUCGGCUGCCUGACGGCCAUGGCCUAUGCACAGGUGGGUCUGGGCAUCAGCACCCUGCUGCUCUACGUCCCCACGCCUCUUGCUGCCACGCACCAGUCUGGAUCACUGGCUCUGCUCUCCUUGGCUAUCUGGGUCCUGACGGAGCUGCGACGGGUUGCCAAGUGAUCUGCGGGACCCCGCCCUCUUGCAAAACAUCCUGCCCACUCAACCUGCCUGUCACAUGGACGGACACCAUCAUCACCACAGCAAUAGGAAUUCUGGCCACGCCCCUCCAGUUGGAUUCCAGACAGUUGUUUCUCAAAGACUAUGUAUAAGGUUUAAAUCCCCCAAAAUAUAUCUGCAAAGGAGAAACACUGGCUGCUUUUACAUGACCUAUAUGCAGUACAUAGCCCUGCCCAGCAGAUGGCGAACCUGUGCAAGGAAUGUGUGCAAUGGCUUGUAAGUGUAAUGCAAUGUUCAAUUUCAUGUAUGGUUGUCCAAAUUACUGUGGAUUACACAGUGUUGCAAAUGUAUGAUUUUGGACGAGUGUGUGUGUGCGUGCGUGUCAAACACGCAUAGCUUUUAUAGCGGUCUGCUGUUUACAGAUAACGGCUGAUCGCUCAUUUCCAAAUGUAUUGAAUUGUACAGAUAAUCUGGUCAUGUGAAGCUGGAAGCAUAAAGAUGUAAAGUUAAAUGUUACUGGGCUUUAUGCCAUUAACCUUGUAAAAAAAAAAUAAUAAUAAUAAUUUUGAUAUGGAAAAAGAUGUUUAUGGACAAGUUUUUGAGUUGGUUGUCUGUAUUCUGGUCCCUGUGGUACAAUGUGAGUCCUCUCCCUGUUUGUUUUGCUUGGUCAUGAUGAGUGGCUUUUCCCUGUGAGACUGCUGUCCGUGUGUGUGGGUAAGGUGAUGCUCAUUGUCCUGAUGGUAAUUUAUUUUAUUCAUGUAAAUUAUAUAAUCAUUGAAUCAUUGAA